AUGCGGCGGCCUCUUGCUGAAGAGUCAAGUGGGACGGUGCGCCACACAAAAGUCGCGGAGUUCUUUUGGGCCUCGAUCCACAGCCCAUCCCCAUCACGGCACACCUGCAGCAGCUCGCACUCACAGAAGGCAGACGGCGUGCUCGUGCUUCCCUUGUUCACCGUGUUCGUCGGCAUCUGUGUGGUCGUCGUCACCGCCUUGGUUGCCACUCUGAGGAGAAACGGGAUAUCCCCGCUAGCGCAGGUGGUGUGCGCCAGCCGCGACUGCAUGCUUCACGCCCAGCUCUUGAGGACGGCGUGCAACGUGUCCGUAGACCCUUGCGUGGAUUUUUACGCAUUCGCCUGCGGCUCCUGGGAAUCCCGCAAGAAGCGCAGUAGGCUUGACACCCUGGUCACCGAAGUUUACGACAUGGCCAUCAGCGAUCUACGAUCCACGGCCGGCAAUUCAACGAAGGCAGGCAAACUCUUCCGUGCGUGCACCCAGCCCUCGGAGUUGGACGUCGAUUCCAACCUGGAGCUCUUUAAGGAAUUCAGGAGGAACUUGAGCAUGUUCUGGCCCGAAGAACCUCCUCCAGAUGCAGUUAACGUGCAUCCGAUAGACCUCCUCUUAAAUCUGGCAAUCAACUGGCGCAUGGGCCUGCUUUUCCACGCUCGCAUCCUGCUAUCCCCGAUUUCAAGGACUCCCGUGUUCGUUUUCACUCCGGGAACCCUGAACUCUCGAUGGCGCUCGCAAACCGCCAUUCCAAAAACAGUGCAUGAGUACAAGUCGCACGUCAGGAAACACCUUCAAAUUCUUAACGUGACCAUGUCGUGCUCUAGUGAUACGUGUAUAAGUGCGCUAAGGAUACUACAAAGCCACCUUGUCAGCAUGGUUGUUGAUGUCGCCCAAGGCGACAAGUAUAACAUGGCGCAUGAUAUCGCUUCCUUAGCCGCGAUCUUGCAACUCGGUAAGAACAUCUCGUUGCUGGCGCUCAUCAACAAGCACAGCAAGCCGUAUGAAUUCGGGCCUGAGAGUCCGGUUGUUAUGGGAAUCAAGUUGCUUGAGCACAUCGAUUCGCUUUUCAGACGCCAUUCUGAAGAAGCCAUAUCCGAUGCCGUCUGUUGGAUGUUCAUUCAAGAACAUCUCUGGAUCAUCGCAGACAGGUCGGACCUGCGGGUUGGGACGAGCGAAGAAGGGAAGAAGCUUGUCGAGUACGCCUGUUUCGAUUAUGUCAGCUCUGCUCUGGGCUUGCUCGCCGCCGAAGACUACGCACGCAAUGAAUACACUACACGCAGCCGAAAACGCGUCGACAGCAUUAUUGGACAGAUAACACUGACGUUUUAUGAGAGCGUCCAGGAUGCGACAUGGCUCGACGCCGAUGCAAAGUACACGACGCUGGCAAAAAUUCGCAAACUAAAAGCACAACUCUGGCCCGCCAUGGAGUUCUUUGACGCUAACGCGACCGAGAUAUUGUACCACGCAUUUCCCGACAUGACUGGACCAUUCUUCGAAAGCUUCUUCAGUCCUUGCGAACUCUUCGAAACCUUUUAG